AAGAAAGAUGACGUUAUGACUAAAGAAAAGGUUGUCACAAAAUAUUCAAUCAUCGACUUGGUGCGAACACCAGUUUUACGAAAAAGAUCGUGCAACUUAUUGUUCAGCUGGUUCACCAACGCCAUGUUGUAUUAUGGACUAUCAUUUCAAACAGAAAGCUUAGGGAGUAGCCCGUACCUAUCGUUCUUUCUUGCUGGUCUUGUUGAGAUGCCUAGCUACAUCUUAGCGCAGCUGCUUCUAGAUCGCAUCGGCAGGAAGCCAAUUCUAUGUGGAUACAUGGUGUUUGGUGGUGUUGUGCUUUUAGCGACUAUUGUAAUCCCAGAAG